AUGGCCCGCCGAACACAGUCGCGCUUCAUCUUCGAGAUCGUGGAAAACACGCGAGUUUUUCGCCAUCAGUUCUUCGCCAACGGUUCAAGGAGAGCGGAUUGUACCACCUGUGAAAGCAGAGUUCCAGCCAGCGAGCCGUACAAUCAUCACUGGCGAAACGACAUCAAGAACAACAGAAGCCACUGCAUUCAGCUGGGCUCCGAGGAAAAGCUGAUCCUGAGAGCGAUCGAGGAUCAGGCCAUCGAAGAGUUUAUCUUAUGCGACGGAAGCAUCUCAGCCAGAACGAACGACUUCCUCCUGGAUGCUGGGAUCGAUGCGGUUCCCCAAUUGCUUCGAUUCCUGAGUUUUGGCACUGAAAAAUUGGAGGCUUCAGUCGGAUUCUAUGUGGACGUGAAAAAGGAGCGCAUGUACUACGAAAGCAGCCCAUUGAAUAUCGAAAACCACUUGGAUAUCGGCGAGGCGGUCGACAUGAUAUUCUCCAUGCUGCUGGAGAAGAUAAGUAACUAUGUCCUGCUCCACCAAAAGGUUCCGUUGGAGGCGUGUGUUAUCAGAAGGAUGAAGGUGACUGUCAAGAGAUUUUGCCACGCUCCCAAAGGCAAAUCCAAACCUUCUUGCAAACUUCCUCUGCAAUACCAAGUAAAGCAUGCAGCUGAAGGCCUUGACAGGGGAAGUAAUAGAUCGCCCUCUGACUUGAUGAAGCUUGUUGAAACCUAUAUCAAUCAAGAAGAGCCUGGGCGACCUAUUCCUUCAACCCUGAAGGUAAACCUCUACAGCUUUCGGGUCUGCAGCACCUCCAAAGAAUUGUAUGUUGUGCCCUACUUACUUCGCGGAGAUGAUGUGGACAACACGCCCACCUUUAUAAUUCAGACGAACGUGGUUGGUGGGUUUCAGGGUCUGCUUGAGAUCCGGAACAUAAGGAAGUUCCUGAGAGUGGACAGCCAGGAUAGGGUUUUCGAAUGCCGCCAGUGCCAGUCCCACUUCGUCGACCGCGUCCACUUCGCUCUCCAUAAACAGAUCGCCUGUGGACGAAACUUUAUGGUGUGGAACAUGGACAAGGACGCCAUCGAGCUGCACGAGAACUGUUUGCCCCUGCCAAAGGAGUACUUCAAGUACGAGUGGGUUGGACUGGCCAGCAAACGAAAUUGAUUCUAGGUUUAGAAACGAAAGCCAGAGUGUGCCAAAACAAAUAAAUAUUUAAACG